AUGCUUUCCCUCUCUUACCUGAAGGAGAAGGUGGUAUCGCUCUGGGCCGCCGCGGGGCUCCCUGACGUUAGCUUGACUGGAGCAGACGAAACGAGUGCUCUUGACUCUUUUCUGCAUGAGAGGAAACAGAGCUUCCUGUCUGAGGUUGGAUCCGCAUCCAACAGAUGGACCGUUGUAACUGGAAAUGAGGCGGGAGAUUUGGACUCCAUCGCUAGCUCUGUCGCUUAUGCAUAUUUGUCGUCGAAUCCGAACAUGAUCUCCUUGGUGCAGACGCCGCGAAGCGACCUGCACCUCAGGCCAGAAAACGCGUUUGCCUUUUCCCUCGCAUCUUUGGACAUCGAAAACCUCUUGACGACUAGUGACAUCUCUUCAGGGAUAUCCGCUCAUAACCUGGACUACGUCCUUGUUGACCAUAAUCGGCUCCUUCCAUCUUGCAAAGGCAACGUCGUAGCCAUCUUGGAUCAUCAUGAAGACGAAAGGCAGCACCUUGAAGCCAACCCUCGAAUCAUCCGACCAGCUGGCAGCUGUGCCUCGCUCGUGACAACGCAGUUCCGAGAAUCAUGGGCGACGCGUCCGACAGAUGAGCUGAAGUCGGUUGCAAUGCUGCUACUCUCAGCUAUUCUGAUAGAUACGGACGGUCUCAAGCCCGGUGGGAAGGCUGUCGAUGUCGACCACGACGCGGUGCAGCUACUCGUCCCUCACACGGGGUUGGUGACGUCCUCCUCGAUAGUUGGUGGAGGACGUCAGCCUCCAGUUGCCGUGGAGGCGCUCUCGCGUCGAUUAGCAACAGCAAAGUCGUCUGUGGAGCAUUUGUCCAUGAAAGAUCUACUCCGUCGGGACUAUAAAGAGUAUGACCUAACUGGUGCUCGCGUCGGCUUGUCGACCGUUCCAGUUGGGCUAAAAGUCCUGGUGAAGAGGAAUACCGAGCAGUUCUGGGGGGACAUGGACGGAUGGAUGUCGGAGCGCAAGUUGGAUGUACUUGGUGUUUUGACAACAUAUCGUUCAGCCAAGAAAAGAAAGCACCGUCGACAGUUACUCUUUGUUGUUCGGCCCGGGCAAGAUAAAGUCGAGUCGGCCUUGUUCGAAGGAAUAGCCCGUGAUCGUGAGCUGCAGUGCGAGGAGCGACGCAUAGCUGGUGUAGAAAAUCGGAGGGCGCGUUGCUGGCGUCAGGGAAACGCAAAGGCGACGAGAAAGGUGGUCGCGCCCCUUGUCAAGCGUCUAGUAGAAACACUGUAA